AAAGUCAUUGAAAUUUUAUUAGCGCCUUCUUUCGGCUUGCGCACGCGCAGAACGAAUGUAUACACAUGGAAGAAGAAUAGAAUGUGACUGAUAACGAAAACUGCAUUUUAUGUUAAUAAUUUACAGAACUUAAUUGAACCUAAACCUUUGAAUUGAAAGAUGUCAACAGAGGGUGGAGUGAAGCCUCCAGAGGCUACAGAGACAAAACCUGCCCUGACCUCUACAACUUCAACUCCAUCAAGCACAGUUACAACAACCCAGACUUCCACUCCAUCUGUAACCACACCCAAGUCAAGCUCACAACCGCUGAGACCAAAUUAUACCUUAAAAUUUACGAUGGCUGGUCACACAAAGGCUGUAUCUUCCGUGAAAUUCAGCCCUAAUGGAGAAUGGUUGGCGAGCUCAGCUGCAGACAAACUUAUUAAAAUUUGGGGAGCGUUUGAUGGAAAAUUUGAAAAAACAAUUGUUGGACAUAAACUGGGAAUAUCUGAUGUGUCAUGGUCCUCGGACAGUAGGCUUCUAGCCAGUGCCUCCGAUGACAAAACUCUCAAGAUCUGGGAUUUUGCCACUGGCAAAUGUUUAAAGACUUUGAAAAGCCAUACCAACUAUGUGUUCUGUUGUAACUUCAAUCCCCAGUCAAACCUCAUUGUCUCUGGUUCUUUUGACGAGAGUGUGAAGAUUUGGGAUGUCAAAACCGGGAAAUGUCUGAAGACUCUCCCCGCCCACUCAGACCCCGUCACAGCCGUUCACUUUAACAGAGAUGGUUCCUUAAUAGUCUCCAGUAGUUAUGAUGGACUGUGUCGAAUCUGGGACACUGCUUCAGGACAAUGUCUGAAAACUUUGAUAGAUGAUGACAAUCCACCCGUGUCCUUUGUAAAAUUCUCUCCCAAUGGAAAGUACAUCCUGGCAGCAACACUAGACAACACAUUAAAGUUAUGGGACUACAGCAAAGGAAAGUGCCUAAAGACGUACACAGGACAUAAGAAUGAGAAGUACUGCAUCUUUGCCAAUUUCUCUGUCACUGGAGGAAAAUGGAUUGUAUCCGGAUCAGAAGACAACUUGGUUUACAUCUGGAACCUCCAGACAAAGGAAGUGGUUCAGAAGUUACAGGGACACACAGUGGCCUGUCAGAAGCAGCUUAGAAAACCUUUCCACACUCUGGUGACGUCAGCACAGUCCACGAGAAAGCUGGUGGCCCGGUACACGGUGGGGCGAUGGGGAGGGGAGUUCUUCGUUGGAUUAACAUUAGCCUUUCUGGGAUGGCACGUUGCUUUGGCGGUUAUAGGCGCCUCUUACAAUACUGAAUGCAUAGACAUCCCCCUACUUCCGGUUGUGAUGGUUUUACUUGGGGGGACGGGCAUCCUCAAGUGUCUGUCCUUCCUGCUACAGUUGCUGAUCGUUGUUACGGUGUGGAGAAAGCAGAAAGACAAGGGCGCGGAGUUCAUGAGUGAGACGAGUGGCCUGGAUAACACCAUGAACUGGACCUACACCGUGGUCCUCCUAGCAGGUGACAUUGCAGCCUUUACCAACAGAGAGAACACGUGUAAUCGUCUGCUGUACGACAUGGCCUUCUACACGCUGGUCGUCAUGACAACGGUACUAGGAGUGGUGUUUCUGUUAGACUUCACAGUGUUUGUUUACAAACGAUGUCAUCCUCCAGUCAAAGAAGAGGAUGAGGAGGAUGAGGAUGAAACAGAUGAAGGGGAAAUGAAGCAAGUUCCACCAUCAGACAAAACAGCAAUGAUCGAUAAUUGAUGAUUGUGUGAAGGUUAAAUGACCUUGGAUCCCAAAUCCACAUUCUGUUGGAAUCCAACUUGUUAAUGCAUUAUUAAGAGAAGGUCCCUGCAUAAUAUUCAUUGACUGAAAAAGUACACAAACACUUUGCUUAUGUACUAGAGAAAUAGAUUUAUUCGUUUUUUUUGUCUAUAUGAAAAAGAUGCUAACAUUCCAAUAUGCAAGCAAUAUGAAUGAAAUACGCUUUUAGCAUCAAAAUACAUGUAUUACAUGCGCAAAACUGUGAAUGUACAAACUGAUUGUAAUAAAUAAAUAGUGUUAUUGGAA